GAAAGCAAUGGUAUAGUGCUUUUACUGUGCUGUGCGUUACACACAUGCUUCAAUCGCAUUCUACCAAAUUACGUGCUGUAUUUUUUGCUGAGCUAGAGAGCUUUGAAGUUGCGAGGAUUCAAACGCCUUCUUCUGCAUCGUGUACAGGCUCAAGUGAACAGAUUUAACAAAUAAGUAAUUGCAGUCUACCGAGUGAGCGAUUUGAUUGAUUAUUAUUUUAAAAAAAAAACAGAGUGAUUGUGUGGAGUAUGGAUGAGUGCAAGUACACGUGUGUUAUCAAGACUCCCCGCUCCAUCAUCUGGGAGGUGUUUGAGCAGGACCCUGUGGCCUGUAUUCUCACUCUCUUUUACGAGUACAAGGAUGGCAGGGCUGAAGACAAACAACUGGUCACAUUCACCGACGAACAGGCUCCACAAGGACCAGAAAAGGUGAGGGUGCGAAUACUUAAACAAGUGAGCAAUGAGGAGGAGGGCGUGUGUGAGAUGGAGACAGUGUUCACUUCGCCACACAGUGGGGAGACAAGAGUGCGCAUGCGUCUAACCACAGCCACUGCAGACAACAAGGACACCACCCAGAACACUAACAGCAGCACUGCAUUCCUGUUCCACGUCGACCUCACCAACAUGGCCUCCACCCAGCUCAAACAGCACUUCAUCGACAACCUCAACGACAGGUAUGAGAAGUGUAUCAACUACAUGUUGUUGCGGGUGGCAAAGAAGCACGGGAGUAAGUUGAAGUACAGCCUGUCUAUCCGCUGUCCCAGAGAAGUCAUCUGGCGCGAUGUGAGUAACUGGGGAAACGUAGACUGGAUCAUGGGCGCUACUGGGGUGGAGCUGAUUGGCAUAGACAAGCGCCGCAUCAUAUCCGGGACCAAGAGUGCCGUCAACACACUCAUCAACUUGAGUGAGGACACAUUGGUGUAUGAGAUCAUGUCUCCAGUGUUCUUCGGAUGCAGCUACUACAGGGGCUUCCUGGUCAUAGAGGAGAGUGGGGAGAAGCCAGGAGACACUACCAACGUCUUCUAUCGCAACAUUUGGCUCCCAUGCAACCUCUCCUUUGCAGCAACCUUGAAGGAGAAGAUGAAGAAAGACUUCGUGAAGAGAUUCCGUUGGAUGAAGGAGUACUACGAAGGACUCAACCAGCAAAUCAAUCAUCCUCUUCCCCCCGCCAAGUCUCCCGGUGGCGAACAGGCAUCCGGUUACGAUUCAGGCCACGAGGAUCCAGGAAGUAAUUUAGUACUACCGGUGAUGCAAGGUAAGUAUAAGUUAGAAGUGCAGGCUACUAUCGCCGGCGCACAAAUUGAUGACGUCUGGGACCUGGUGCAGGACUUCGGGAUCGGCUGCGAGAAGUGGUGGAUGCGAUCCAGUUUUCUUCAAUUCGAAGGAGACGACAUCUCACAGUACUUGGGCUGCAUACGAAGACUCUCCCGACACGGACAGGUCAUUCGAGACAAACUUAUAUUCAUUUCGCCCAAUGACUACAAGCUCAUGUUUGAGACUGUGGAAAGGAUCCCCAAUCCUUACGGGUUUUCGAACUACUGUGUACUCAUUGCUUUGGAGCCUGGUCAUCGGGAGCCGGACGAAGAGACGGAGGUAGAAUUAAAAGUCUGUUUCGAUUGUCUGCCUGUCAUAAAACCAACAGUGGAGUCCCAAUUGAAAGCCCAAUGCUCAGACUCACUUCGGCGACUGAAAGACCUAUUUAAGAAACCAGUUGGACGAAUAGAGAUUACUCUUGUAAGUGGAGAAGAUAUAGGACUAGACAGAGAAUGCUCCAUUGAUAGCUACUGUUCGAUCUCCGUGGACAGUGGAGAGGUAGUCAGCUCCACAGUGUGCAAGGGCACUUCGAACCCCAAGUGGAAUGAGUCUUACAACUUCAGUGUAUACUCGACAUCCUCAGUUGUUAAUGUGGCACUGUGGGACAAAAGUGACCCAGCAGCCGAAUCUGAUUUGGAGCCUCCCGAGGACGUGUUGCUGGGACUGAUCACUUUUGAGCUGCCCAACAACCCAAAAUCUGCUGACACCAAGUACAAAGUGGACUGUUCAACCGGGAAAAUGUUCUUCAAGAUUAAAUUCUCCUCCACUCCUGGGAACUCUUUCUCCCAUGCCACGAAACCGUCGGUGGUGCGACAGGUGGACUAUCUGAGAGACUGCCUGGUUGCCACGUACCUGGAACUGCCCCAGUUACGGAACGAUAGGUGCCAGUGGAAAGUGCAGAAGAAGCUGAAGAGUGCAACCAGUGUAGAAAUGGGAAACUUGCCAGGGUAUUGGGAGGUUGUUCCCCACAUGGAGCGAACUAAUCCUUCCAAAAUGAGCACUGUGCUAGCUGAGUUAGCCACUUGUACCAGUUCGUUCCGAGGACAUGUCGUGAGUCAGAAGACAAAUCCCAAGUCCAGAGUCGAGGCUGUCUACUGCAAAUACCUGCCUUUGCCCAACCCAGUGCUCGAGAACUACGAGAACGACAACGACUUCUGUCUUCGCUUCUUCAUUGGACUCGCCCCUAACCUGGUCUCGUGUGUGAAGUCUCUCGACCAGAUACCCACUCCCAUUCGCAAGUUGUAUGCCGAGGGAGACUUAGUGGAUUUGAUCUCGCAACUGUCUUUGUUUUGUGUCAAGCUGUCGUACGUCACAUGCUCCGUCAAGCCCGACCGCAACCAGAGCAACGUGGAGAAACCAGUGCUCAUAUUUGCCGGGAACCUAACAGAAGGUUUCAGAGUGCACGGUAUUAUUCUGUCGUCUGAGAUAAAUGACGUUUACACUCCGAAAUCGGUGGAAAAUAAUUACAGGCUGGCCAAAUUGUAUUUUACAAAUGCACUCAUGAUUCACCAUGUGUACUUCAACGUUCUCCUCCGCAACUUCUACCUGGAGUCCAUCUGUUUGGCCAUUCACCAGGCACUCCCAACAACUCACCCACUGAGAAAACUGCUGCUGCCAUACUUGAACGAAAUAGCCCACAAGGCGGUGUUUCUUCGCAAAAUAUUCACAGAAGAGGACAGCCAAUUCGCAGACUAUGUUUUCUCAAUCGGAAAAGUCAAUGCGAUGGGAAUGAUUGCGAGCCACUGCAGAGAACGAGAGGUCGUCGAGUCGUUCUUCGAUGUCGGCAAGGAUCUGGAGACACGCGGCUUCGACUUCACCUGUCCCAACUACCUGUACCAGCACGACGUCCUCCGAUUGCAUGAGGUUAUCUCCUACGAGGUGUCCCAGUACCUGGGCAAACACUACAGCAUCGACAGAGACGUCGAGAGCGACUCCAAACUCAAGAACUUCUUCGAAACCAUCGUUCAUCCUGAACAGUGUAACUUAAACCUGUGCACAGAUGGCGUCAAGACCCGAUCGGCACUGACUCGGUUCGCGACAGCUGUAAUUUUUUCAGCAACUGCGCACACUUCGGCUUUCGAGAAGAACUUGUACGACGAUGGGUCCUUGAUUGCUGGAGUGGCGACAUCCAUGACCAAACCGGUACCGAGACCAAAUGAACCCUGUCCGGACAAUCUGUUUGACUAUUUCUUCGCGCCUAAUGACGAACUGUUUCUUCAAGUGCUGCUCUGUCGUGUUCUGUCAGUGAACACGUCCCAGCCUCUGGCUCAACACUCUUCGGCCAUGAGUCAUAAGUUGCCGGAGAAGUUUCUGAAGCUGUCGACGGAGAUUAAGAGCAGGAACUCCCGACUGAGGGGCGAAAACAAGACCUGUUCCUUCGUGGAGUACUCCAGACUAGACCCCUUCAACAUACCAUCAGUGGCUGGACUCUAGUAACAUCAUUUACUGAUAGAAUAUUUACUUAACACGCAAAAAGAAACGCACACACUUACCUUGGUAAAAAACAACAAGACAUGGAAAACAUGUCAUCUAGAUGCAUCGUCCAAUUCUGAAUUUUUAUAUUCAAUUUCCAUCGGCGAAAAUUACUACAUUCGAGCAUUGCUGUACAAAUUCAGCUGCUGUUAUUGUAUUUUCAAAGUAUUCUCAAACAAUAUGUCCUGUACUAUAAACUGAAAAUUUUCAACAGAAUUAUCGAAUACAUCAAUAAAUAAAUAUCUUUAAAACUG